AUGACCGUGGCCGACGUCACUUUUUAUGAGGAGUCUCAUUUCUUCUCUCCUAUUUUGACUCUUCCUCGAGCCACUAUGGAUACAAUAUCCUCUUCAUCCUCUUCUACAAUCUCUUUUGCAUCUUUGGUCACUACUCUACCUAAUGACCUUCAUUUUCCUAUUGCCCUCCACAAAGGUACAUGUGUCUGCACCCACCAUCUCAUCUCCUAAUUUAUCUCCUAUGACCUUCUUUCUCCUUUUUUUCUUGCCUUUGCCCUCUCUAUGGCCUCCGAGUUGCUUCAACAAUUGCAUGAUAAGGCUACACAAAUACUUACAUGAAAGGCGGCCAUAGAUUUAUAAGUAGCUACGUUGGUCGUUCAGGAGACUUGACAUUUAGUUACGUGUCCAACUAAUGCCAACAUUGUGAUGUGCAAGUAGAUGUUUACUCUCAAGUAUCACCUAGAUGAUUCAAUCGCUCAUCACAAAGCUCAUCUAGUCACCCAAGGCUUCACACAAGCAUAUGUGAUCGAUUACACUAAGACGUUCUCUCAUGUCGUUUGUCUUAACUCUAUUCGCGUGCUCCUAUCUCUCGUCAUCAAUCAAGCAUGAUCUCUCCACCAGUUAGAUGUUUCUAAUGCCUUUCUAUACACUGAUCUCACAGAGCAAGUCUUUAUAACAGAGCAAGUCUUUAUAGAGUAACCUUUUAGGUAUGUUAUUCAGGGGGUGUCAUCGAAAGUAUGUCUCUUGUGGCAUGUCAUUUAUGAGCUCAAGUAGAGUCUACGUGUUUGGUUUAACAAGUUUAGUGAUUUACUCAUUACCUUCGACUUCACCUCCUACACUGCAGAUCCCACCAUACUCACGAAGAAAACAAAAGAUGACUUUAUCAUCCUUAUAGUCUAUGUCAACAAUAUUCUUGUGAUUGAAAGUGAUGAGGUCAAUAUUUUUGUUGUCAAAACCUACUUGCAACAGCACCUCAACAUUCAUGACUUGAGGACUCCGUGAUAUUUUCUUAAAAUUGAGUUUAUGUAUCAAGAUCGGAAGCUCACCCUCACUUAGCGAAAGUAUACCCUCGACAUGCUUCAGGAAAUAUGUCUCCUUGGGUGUAAGCCGAAGACUUUGCCCAUGAAAACUCGCCCACAGUUCUAAGGCAUUUCAUCUCCCCUACUCGAAGAUGUUAACCGGUAUCGACAAUUGUUGGGCAAGCUAAUAUAUUUUACUAUCACUCGUCAUGACAUUAUGUACACAGUUAAUGUCUUGAGUCAAUUCAUAUAGAAGCCUCGACAAGUUCAUUGGGAGGGUGCUCUAUAAGUCCUCACCUACAUCAAGUGAGCCCCAGGAAAAGGACUCAUCUAUCGGCAACACGGCUAUCUCCACAUUGUAGUCUACUCUGA